UUACUCAAUAUGGCAUGACGGCGUACGAUAUAAGAUAACUAGAAAAGGAGCGGAGGCGAAAAAAAAAAAUCCAUGGCGGCGGCGACAUCUCUAAGCACGCCGAGGAUUGGCUCCUCUCCGGCCUUCCAAACCCUCCGCAACUACAAAUUUCCAGUUACUUUAUUCUCUCUCUCUAAUUGUAAGAAAACCUUAACCUCCGGAAAGUUCUUUGGUUCCACCUCCUCUUCUCAUUUGAGCCGCCGCGAUUUCACCACUGCGAUUCGCGCCGAGUCCACCAACGGCGCCGAGCCGACGAGGCAGUACGACUACGACCUAUUCACUAUCGGCGCCGGCAGUGGAGGCGUCAGAGCCUCUCGAUUCGCCUCCAAUUUUGGGGCUAAAGUUGCUGUUUGCGAGCUGCCUUUUGCCACUAUUUCCUCCGACUCCGCCGGCGGCGUUGGCGGCACGUGUGUGCUCCGUGGAUGUGUACCAAAAAAGCUCCUUGUCUAUGCAUCGAAAUUUUCGCAUGACUUUGAGGAGAGUUAUGGGUUUGGAUGGAAUUAUGAAGCAGAACCUAAACAUGAUUGGAGCACCUUGAUUGCUAAUAAGAAUGCCGAGUUGCGCCGCCUUACGGGGAUUUACAACAAUGUUCUUAAAAAUGCUGGCGUCACGCUAAUAGAAGGCCGGGGCAAGAUUGUGGAUCCACACACAGUGGACGUGAAUGGAAAGCUCUACACAGCAAAGAAUAUUCUCAUUUCAGUUGGUGGGCGUCCUUUCAUCCCUGAUAUGCCUGGGAGUGAAUAUGCAAUAGAUUCUGAUGCUGCCCUUGAUUUACCUUCAAAGCCUAACAAAAUUGCUAUAGUUGGAGGUGGUUACAUUGCCGUUGAGUUUGCUGGCAUCUUCAGUGGCUUGAAGAGUGAUGUCCAUGUAUUCAUAAGGCAGAAGAAGGUGUUGAGAGGUUUUGAUGAAGAGGUCAGAGACUUUGUUGGAGAGCAAAUGUCAUUAAGGGGGAUUGAGUUUCACAGCGAGGAGACACCCCAGGCUAUAGUGAAGUCGUCAGAUGGAUUGUUUUCUUUGAAAACUAACAAAGGGACAGUUGAUGGCUUUUCCCAUGUCAUGUUUGCAACAGGACGCAAACCGAAUACCAAGAAUUUGGGUUUAGAAGCCGCCGGGGUUAAAUUAUCAGCAAAUGGAGCCGUACAGGUCGACGAGUACUCUCAGACUUCUGUUCCAUCAAUUUGGGCAGUUGGAGAUGUUACUGAUAGAAUAAAUUUGACCCCUGUUGCAUUAAUGGAAGGAGGAGCAUUGGCAAAAACUCUUUUUGCAAAUGAACCAACAAAACCAGAUUACAGUGCUGUACCAUCUGCAGUGUUUUCUCAGCCACCUAUCGGUCAAGUUGGUCUUACUGAAGAGCAGGCAAUUGAGGAGUAUGCUGAUAUUGAUGUUUAUACAUCAAACUUCAGGCCUCUAAAGGCAACUCUUUCAGGCCUGCCUGAUCGGGUUUUCAUGAAAGUUAUUGUAUGUGCAAAGACAAGCAAAGUUGUGGGUCUACAUAUGUGUGGAGAAGAUUCAGCAGAAAUCGUGCAGGGAUUUGCAAUUGCAGUGAAAGCUGGCCUGACAAAGGCAGAUUUUGAUGCCACCGUGGGUGUCCACCCUACAGCAGCAGAGGAGUUUGUCACCAUGAGGACACCUACACGGAAGGUCCGAAGUACUCCCUCUGAGGGAAAAUCAGAUUCUGAUACCAAAGCUACUGCUACUGCUGUUUGAUAUUGAGGAUUAGAGCAAUCAGAUAUCGAUGCAUGAAAGGAAGUGCAUUUGGAUAUGCUUCAAGACUAGUUCAAUUCCAGGGGCAGUUUUUGUAGCAGUUGGUUCGAAUUUGUUUGCCAUUGAUGAAGAGCGUAGAUGGAUGUGACCGACCGUCAACAGAUGAGUUCUAAUGAAUCGGGACAUGGUAUUAUUAUAAUUAUUUACUUUUUAAGUUUCUAUAUAUUUUAGAAGUGGAUUACUUCAUGGUAUGUGCAACUAUUACUUGUCACGAUUUACAAUCAGGUGAUACAACACAUUUGUACAGGUUUUGAGUUUCUAGUUAUCAACGAAUAUUAUCGUUUUCGGAAAUUUUACCAGGUUUUUGUUUGACAU